GGACACAUCUCACCGAUACUGGUCGCUGCCGAGAAUCUCGGUAUUCGUGUUCUGGAUACACGCCAUGAAGCGACUGCCGUUUUUGCUGCAGACGCUGUGGCGCGUUUACGGCGAGGUUUUGGCGUGGCGGUUGUCACUGCUGGACCAGGCGCGGCGCCUACUUUGUUACAGAAGCGCGGCGCUUUGCAGGAUAUCGAUCAGAUCACGUUGAUGCGUCCACUAUGCAAAUAUGUGGCUCGCAUCACUCGUGUAAAGGAGAUCAUACCGAUUCUCAAAGAAGCAAUAUGUGUGGCGCAGAGCGGCACCCCUGGUCCGGUGUUUGUGGAGAUGCCUGUCGAUGUACUUUAUCCGUAUGGCUUGGUAAUCAAGGAAGUUGGUGUUUUCAAGGAUGCGACAAGCCUAGCACAUAAAGCGAGAAACUUGUAUUUGAUGGCGCACAUUUGUCGGCAGUUUGGUGGCAAUUGGUUUGCUCAGGAGCUGACACCUCGAAUUGUUACAGUGCCGCUUCCAAAUGAUUCUGAUAUUCAGAAAGCGACAGAUCUUUUGCUUAAAGCAAAGAAACCAGUAAUGAUUAUGGGCAGUCAGGCUGUUCUACCGCCUACUGACUUGUACGACUUGGUAUCAGCUGUAAAGCAUAUUGGAAUUCCAGUAUAUUUAGGAGGCAUGUCGCGUGGUUUGCUUGGUGUCGAUUGUACUAUUCAGAUGCACUACUGCAGAAAGGAAAAUCUCAAAGAAGCGGACCUCAUCAUCCUAGCCGGUACGGUGUGCGACUUCCGUCUCUCCUAUGGACAUGAUCUGUCUCGUCAUGCUGCAGUUGUUGCUGUAAAUCGCAGUUCUUCACAGCUAUUUAGGAAUGAGGGGCAGUUUUGGCGCGUUACUCUUGCAAUUCAGGCGGACGUUGCCACAACGCUUGUGCAUAUUUCACGUCGUUUAUAUUAUACUGAAAAGCAACAUGCCUUGAUAGCUCAGUGGGUGAAUGAUCUCAAAAAGAAGGAUGAAGCAAAAAUUGCAGAAAAUGUGGGAAAAAUGAGAAACAAAUACAUAGGGGACAGGAUUAAUCCCCUUCGUCUACUAUCGCUGAUCAAUGAGGUGUUGCCAAAAGAUGCUCUUCUGAUCGCUGAUGGUGGCGAUUUUGUGGCAAGUGCCGCAUAUAUUGUGCGUCCAAGAGGCCCACUGCAGUGGCUCGAUCCAGGAGCUUUUGGCACAUUGGGAGUUGGAGCCGGUUUCGCUCUCGGAGCAAGAGUUGUCCAUCCAAAUCGUCCAGUUGUAAUUCUUUUCGGCGAUGGUGCAUGCGGAUUCUCGUUUAUGGAUUUGGACACUUUUGUGCGGCAUAAACUUGGCGUGUUGGUGUUUAUUGGAAACGACGCUUGCUGGUCACAGAUUGCGCGUGGUCAGCUCGCCAUGUUCAAUAGUUCUGUCGCCGUGAACCUACUGGAUACGAGGUAUGAUAAUGUUGCUGCAGCGCUGGGUGCAGCCGGCAAACUAAUCAGUCCCGAAAAUGGAUUGACACGCGUGCAAUUUGAAGAACUCUUUGCAUCAGCAGCACUUGGUGAGACAGUUGUGGCGAACGUCCUCAUUGGCAAGACGGAUUUCAGGGCUGGCAGUAUGAGCGUGUAA